UGGGACAUCAAAAUGAGACACAAUCAGAUGUGUUGUGAGACACCGCCAACUGUCACUGUUCAUGUCAAAUCAGGGUCAAAUAGAUCCUACCAACCUAAAAAUCCCAUUAAUCUGAAGCGUCCUAUGUUUAAAGAUAGUUGGCAAGCACCUGAAAAAACUGCACAGAAUAACAAAACUAAACGCCCCAAAGGACCUUGUCUGGUCAUACAGCGUCAGGAAAUGACUGCUUUCUUUAAAUUAUUUGAUGACGAUUUAAUUCAAGAUUUCUUAUGGAUGGACUGCUGCUGUAAAAUUGCAGACAAGUAUCUUUUGGCUAUGACCUUUGUUUAUUUCAAGAGAGCUAAAUUGACUAUAAGUGAGCACACCAGGAUUAAUUUUUUUGUUGCUCUGUAUCUGGCUAAUACAGUUGAAGAAGAUGAAGAAGAAUCAAAGUAUGAAAUUUUUCCUUGGGCUUUAGGAAAAAACUGGAGAAAAUUAUUCCCUGAUUUCUUAAAGUUAAGGGAUCAACUCUGGGAUAGAAUUGACUAUAGAGCUAUUGUAAGCAGGCGAUGCUGUGAGGAGGUUAUGGCCAUUGCACCAACCCAUUAUAUAUGGCAACGGGAACGCUCUGUGCAUCACAGUGGAGCUGUGAGAAACUACAACAGAGAUGAAGUCCAGCUGCCUCGGGGACCUAGUGCCACACCAUUAGAUUGUUCACUCUGUGGUAAAAAGGGAAGAUAUCUUAGACUGGGAUUGUCUUCAUCUUCGUCUUCAUCCAGUGGUACAGUGGAAGUAAUGGAAAAACAUUCUCAGGAAUCACACAACUCAUUCUCAAUGGACAAAGCAGUUGGUCUUUCCCAAGAUUAUAGCUAUUCUCAAGUCACCAAAGAUCAUCAGUCAAACAAGGAAAAUAAAACUGACUUCAUGGAGAGAGACAAAUCUAUGGAGUGGUUCACGGGAAGUGAAGAAUGA